CACCUUACCCUACCAUCCAUCUCACGGGAUAAGCACGUCAGCUAAAAGUGUUAAAUGUAAAUUAGGACUGGACGGAGGGGGGUCGCUCCAGCAGAAGACACGAAAGAGGGGAUUAAUCUGUGAUGUUAAAAUUGCGUCACACCCCAUCGCCAGCUGCACGUCGCCCGUGGCCGGAUCAGAAUUUCAUGAAAAAUUGCACAGAUCCCCCCCCCUCUCUCUCUCUCCAAUCAUCCCGCUUUGCGUCCAUCAGCUGAAAAUGUCAUUUUCCUUUAAGAUGAUGUAAGACAUUACUACACGGGACGAUUUUUUCCCAUUCUCUCUCUCUCUUGCACAGCUUGGAGCAACGUUAUCUUGAGCCUGCCGUCGGUCCAAACAUUUCCGCACUCAGCAGUUUGGAGAGAUGGAUGCGCGCAGGAAUCCCAUCCUCCUCAUCUGUGCGAGAAACCUCCUCGCGCGUUUCAGUAUCUCAGGAGCCGGGAGCGUGGCAGCAGAGCGAUGAGGUGCAUGCACAUUUGUUUUUUUUAAUUCUUUAUUUGAGUUUAUCUGGCUGAACUGAGGGACAAACGCAAACCAGUGACGCUCUCCACUGAAACUUGAGCGGAGAUGUAUUUACUUUUUUGUGUUGUGAAAUUUCUGAGUGAAGUGAGUAUAUUACAUUUAUCUGGAAUCAAACUAGCAAAUCAACGGGGUGGAUGCGUGUAAUUCGACGCUGGUUAGGAUAAUCGAUUCCAUUCAAAAGAAAAGGAUGCAUCGUGGUGGGUAGGCACGUUUACGCACGGGGUUAAAGGAUGUACUGUAGACACACCUUGGGAUUGUUCUGUCAUGAGAUACUGGAUGCGAGUGCUGCAGCUUGCAUCGAGACUGUGUGUUAGCUCUGAGCGCAUCGGCACCCUAUGCAGCUACACCCUACACCCUGAACUUCUGGGACGUUUGCGCUCCGUGAUCGAGACUCGGAUUUCUUACAGGAUCGGACAAAAUGGCACUGAGCGAAAACUGCAAAACGCAACCCACAAAGGAGCAAGGCUCGGUGCAAAACCCUCCAUCGGAUGUGAUUGAGCUAAACGUGGGUGGGCAGGUGUAUUACACUCGUUAUGGUACACUGGCAAGUUUUCCAAAUUCUCUACUUGGGAAGCUGUUCUCUAACAAGAAGGGGUCCUCGAAUGACUUGUCCCGGGACCUCAGAGGACGCUAUUUUAUAGACAGAGAUGGGUUUCUGUUUCGGUAUAUCCUGGAUUACCUUAGAGACAAGCAAGUCGUCCUCCCUGAUCACUUUCCUGAAAGAGGAAGGUUGAAAAGGGAGGCGGAAUACUUUCAGCUGCCAGAUUUAGUCAAACUUUUGUCAUCCGAGGACUCAAAACUAUUCGCAGACGACUUGUACUACAGCGAUUUGGAUGAUGCGUCGCAGGGCAGCGACCAGAGGUAUUAUCCCUCUUACUCCUUUGACAGGAGGUACGGCUACAUCACGGUCGCCCUCAAAGGCGUUUGCGCAGCGGGAGGCAGAGAAAAUCAAAGUGAUGCCAAGGCCAGAAAGUUACCGAGAAUCUUCAUUAGUAGCAGAAUUGGCUUGGCGAAAGAAGUGUUUGGAGACGCCCUGAAAGAGAACAGGGACACGGACAGACCUCCGGACCGAUACACCUGCAGAUUUUACCUCAAGUUCAGACACCUGGAGAGGGCGUUUGACAUGCUGUCAGAGAGCGGCUUUCAUAUUGUGGCCUGCAAUUCGUCCCUGACCACGUCCCCGAUCGCUCAUUACCCGGAUGACAGGGUCUGGUCCAAUUACGCACAGUACAUCUUCUACCGCGGACCUUCUCGGUGGUCGUCCUCUCACUGUGACUGCUGCUGCAAGAGCCACAAAAGCGAGCGCGAGGGAGAGAGCGGCACAUCCUACAACGACCUCUCCACGUCCUGCUCCGAGACCCAGUCAGAGGCCAGUUCCCCUCAAGGAACCGUGAUCUGCGGGCCCGUGAGCCGGCACUCCAACAUCCAGACGCUGGACCGGCCGGUGCCUAAAGGGCCGGUUCACAUGCUGCAGCAGGCAGAGAUGCGCCGCAAGACUGACAUGCUCCGUGUGAGAACCUUUGGAGUGCGGGAGCGAGAGGCUGCGAAAAGGAAAGCGAACAAGGAGAAGAUGACUCCCGAGCAGGAGCUGGAGAAAUGUAUCCAAGACUUCCAGCGCAUUAGGAUUCCCGAUCACUUUCCGGAAAGGAAGUACAUGUGGCAAUCAGAGCUUCUGAGGAAGUACCAUCUCUAAAUAUAAGAGUGGAGGAGAGGCCAGAGAGAGUGAGAGAUGGUGCCGUAGUAUCAUUUAACCAUCAGUGGAGAGCAUUAAACUGCAUAGGCAAUACACUGCACCCUCUAAGACAUACUGUACUAGAAAAAAACAAAAACAAAACUGUGGCCACUUUCCUGCCAGGAUGACUAGCCAAGCACACACAGUAUGAGGCAGUGUGAGUCAUUUAUUUGUGAGGUAUGCACAGUGUUGUGUACGAUAUGCACAUGUGUAAAUCAGGUUUCUCCUGCUGGGGCUGACAUCACACACACACACCCUGUUCUCGCUUCGCGGAGCUGAGAGGCAGGAAACACUACCACUGACAACAAAGCAACCUCAGGGGCAACAUCAUUUCAGUUCAUCAACUCACCACAUACUGUAUGUGCAAUAGCCCACAAUAGCUAUUUUCUAAAUGGAUGUACCCAGAUGGUGCUGUGAGUUAGCAACGGAUUAUCACUAUACGUCACCGAUGCAACAUAUACUUAUAGUACGCUUUGAAAGCAGCACUGCAUGUCAUUUCACUCUUAUCAUAAUUAUGCAAUAUCAAGCAAAGUUUAAAUUCACCGUUUCGUGUGACAGGUAAAAGUGGCGUGUCAGGACCGAGGCCGACUUCACCGAAGAAAGCACUGCCUAGAUCUGUUUUGCCAUUGUGAAACUUUUUGUCCAUUGACGUCAUUAUGUGUUGGAUAGCUGAUGUUGUGUAGGUAGAGUGUAUAAUGCCAAUGGAUACUGAUCUAAUCCUUGAUUGUAUGUGUGCAUAAAAAAAGUAAAUAAAUGAGUAAGAAUUCUGUUCCUU